CUGAUACUGAUGCUCGAGUGGCGGGCGGACGGUAUGCGGCUGCUCGAGUACAACAGCGGCACCACCACCGCGUGGAAACACCAGGACAAGGACAGGGUCUCGUUGUCCCCGAAGAAUUACGCGCUACAGUUCCAUCCGAUCACCGCGAAGGAUACGGGGGAGUACGUUUGUUUCGUGAACAAUCGGAACAGGCCGGAGGCUGUCAUGAAGGUGAUGGUGCAAGAUGUGCCCGAUCCGCUGAAGCGUCCUCUGCUAGCAGGCUUCACCUCGAGAUCCGUGAAACUGACCUGGGCGCCGAACAUUAAUUCUUACUACAACCCGAUCUGGUACUACGUCAUCGAAACUCAGGUCGGCGAGGGCGGGCUCUGGAACGUAUCAAAGGAGAUCGAAACUCCAUCCAACGAUACCUACUACACCAUCACGGGCCUGCGACCAUUCAGCAUCUACAGUUUCCGUGUCUCGGCCGUGAACGCGAUGGGACGCAGCAAGCCAAGCGUCGAGUCCUACUACAUCGUCACUCUACGCGAACGACCCGAGGGGAAGCCCGUAAUUACCACCGCUUAUAAUACCUCGGCCACGUCGAUUUAUCUGGCCUGGAAUGCUCCCAGCCGCGACACUAUCAACGGCGAGUUCCUCGGCUAUCGGAUAGGGUACAGGCCACGGGACAAAGUGCAUAUGGAAGUAAAAGACAUAUACUUACGUAACCCGACCGUUGACAACCACAGUAUACACAACCUGGAGACGUACACGCAAUACCUGGUGUCGCUGCGAGUGUUCAAUCCGGUGGGGCAUGGGCCUGAGACCACCAUUUCUGUGAUGACCGACGAAGGAGUGCCAACGAAACCCAUGAACCUCUCGUCGCACGGCAUCAACUCCACCACCAUCGAAUUGUCAUGGGCCGAGCCGGAUAGCGCGAAUGGGAUAAUUUCCGGUUAUCGUAUAUACUACAUGUACUCGAACUACACGGACGUUCAGAUGUUCAAAACCGAGAACGACGAGAAACCGAUUACCGAGUUCUUCUUGCAGGAGCUAAAACCGAACACCACGUACAAGAUAUGGGUGAAGGCGUACACAUGGAAGAACGAGGGCGAGCCCUCGGAUUACAUCAUUCGUCAAACGGACAUCCAAGGACCGUCUGCCCCUCGGAUCUUGAAUGUCAGCUGCCAAACCAACGAUUCCAUUUACAUCCAAUGGGCCAGGCCGCAGGUCUUCUGGGGCUCGAUCGACUACUACUUCAUCAACUAUAGGAUCGAGAACGCCGAUCGUUACGAAGAAAUCGAAGUGCUCACCGAGAAGGAUCACCUCGAGAGCGCCACGAUCAUACCCAAUCUGACGAUGAACACUAUCUACGAGAUCGUGGUGCGCGGUGGUACUAGAAGCAUCAUCGACAAUCAGGUGAUUAUACAGGGAACAGACUCCGAUCCAAGGAAGAUCCGCGCCACACGCGACUGCGACAAGAUUCCACCGUUGUUGUCGCACAGCACCAGGAAGUUCAGCAACGGAGUGAUCGCCGGGAUGAUCUGCGCCUGUCUCGCGGUGAUGCUGAUGAUCACGUCCUUCGUCCUAUGGAAGCCUUGCCUGAGGCCAAUUUUCAGAAAAUGCUUCCAUACCGCUUACUACUUCCUCGACUAUCCGCCACGGACCGUGCCCACGCUCCAGGAAUGGGAGAACACCGAGCAAGACGGCGAACGGACCGCGGUCCCGAUCCAGAAGUUCGUGCAGCACGUCGCGAGCCUGCACGCCGACAGCGACAUCGGGUUCAGCAAGGAGUACGAGUUCAUUCAGGCGGAGACCGGCAAGUUCACCACGGAGAACUCCCAGAACAUCGAGAACAAAGCGAAGAACCGAUACCAGAACAUACUCGCCUGUGAGCAUUCUAGAUUAUAGAUAGCAUGCGGCGGAGGACAACCGAAAAAGAGUCAAGAUUACGUGAACGCAAAUUACAUCGAUGGUUGGCAGCGUGCAAGGGCUUAUAUCGGCACACAGGGUCCAUUGCCGCCGACUUUCGGCGGGUUCUGGAGCAUGGUGUGGGAACAGAGAGUGUCGAUCAUCGUGAUGAUCACGAAUCUCGUCGAACGUGGACGUAAAAAAUGUGAUAUGUACUGGCCUAAGAAGGGAUCCGAGACUUUCGGUUACAUUCAGGUGACUCUGCUCCGGGAGGAUGUGAUGGCAACCUACACCAUACGUACUCUUCAGAUUCGUCAUCUAAAGGUGAAGAAGAAGAAGAACGGAGUCAACAUGGGAGAACGUGUCGUCUGGCAAUACCAUUACACCGGAUGGCCCGACCACGGAGUGCCAGAACACCCUCUACCGGUUUUGAGCUUUAUCCGGAAAUCUUCCAAUGCCAAUCCUCCGGAUGCUGGACCGAUAGUCGUCCAUUGCAGUGCUGGCGUUGGGCGCACUGGCACCUACAUCGUCAUCGACGCUAUGCUGAAGCAGGCCAAGUGCAAAAACGAGGUGAACAUAUUUGGAUUCUUGAAACACAUCCGCACGCAGCGAGAUUACCUUGUUCAGACCGAGGAACAAUACGUGUUCAUCCAUCACGCUCUACAAGAGGCUAUCGAAAGCGGCGACACCUAUAUCAACGAGAAUAACUUGCUGGGAUACGUUCAAGACAUACUGAACCCUAACAAUAAUAAUACCGAUGCUUGGAACAACCUCGAAGUACAGUAUAAGUUGGUAACUUCCUGGAAACCGAAGGAGUUCAAUUUGGUGUCAGCGAUCAAGCCCUGCAACCUCCACAAGAAUCGCAAUCAGGACGUGAUUUCCAUCGAGACUGCUCGCGUACACUUAACACCGAAACCUGGCAUCGAUGGCAGCGACUAUAUCAACGCCACGUGGAUUGCCGGUUUUCAUCGUAAUCGCGAGUUCAUUGUCACCCAGCAUCCCAUGAAGAACACGAUCACGGAAUUCUGGCAGAUGAUGUGGGACUACAAUGCGCAGACCGUAGUCAUGUUAACCGAAUGUAAUCAAGAGUAUCCUGAAUUUUGGCCGACCGAAGGGAACGAUUUGGAGUCUGAGACUUUCCGCGUACGAUACUGCGGAAUCAAAGAAACCGCGAAUGGAAUAAUUCUCCGCGAGGUUGCGGUUCGAUCUUUGCAAGACGAUUACGAACUGAGCGCCAAAAUCGUCCAAGGACCGCGAUCCAAUCCCUGUUUCUGGCCGCACAACACCAAUCCACGACCGCUCGUCACUCUGAUCCACGAUUUUUACCGGGACUAUCAGAACGGUCCUAUUAUCGUGAUGGAUAGGUAUGGCGGAGUCGAGGCUGCGGCUUUUAUCCUCCUUACAACUUUGAACAAACAAAUGGAAUUCGAGAAGUGCGCCGACAUUUACAUGUUCGCGAAGCUGUUGUAUAUGAAACGACCUGGAAUAUUCCGGUCAAAGGAGGAUUACAUGCUGCUGUACCAAUGCAUGGAAGCCAUGCUGUCGUCGAAAGGCUACGAGGAGCCGGAUUUAUACGCCAUGGCUAACGGUCACGUCUCCACGGUGUUGGAUCCGGCCGACGUGCCAACCUCGUCGAUGCAACAGAUGCAAAUGGAUUACUCACCGAAACCGACGAUGAUCCGCGAGUACGCGACAGUCGAGGUGAACUCGAUGUCCAAUUAUACGAUUCCGAUUCGAGUCGAUCACUCAAUGGAGCCGUGCAGCAGCAGAAGCAGCGAGAGUUGUUUGUCCACGCAGGCAGGUGACGAGCACGAGAAGGGCGUUGUGAUGACCCAUCGAAACGUGAGUUAUCACAAUCCUCCGGGAAGCGUCUCCGUGAUCGUUGACGCGAACGGAUACGUCACUAACGGCAACAUGCGCGUGCCGCCAGAAGGUAUGGAGACCAGCUGCAAGAUGUUGCCUCAAUGAUGCCUGCUGAUCUUCGGUUGCAGUGCCUCCUCGAGCCGGUCCGAGCCGCUGUAACCGAUCGAGCUCCACACUGUCCGAAGUGUAAUCCUAAUUCUGGUCCGUCGCAUGGAGUGACCAGAUUGGACACGUCUUCGCACAAAAACGAAAAAAAAAAA